CUUUCACCGGCACAACAGUGGACGUAGCACUGUCAAAGCUUUGUAGAAUAUAAAUGAUGGUAGAGGUAUCUAACAUAAUACUAAUAAUUAUUGCCAUACCAAUCGUUGCUUUGUUUGUGCAAUAUGCAUUUUUCCGAAGAAAACUAAAGGACGUUAACAACAAACAUGUUGUUGUAACUGGUGGAUCGAGUGGUAUAGGAAAAUGUGUUGCAAUUCUUGCUGCCAAGCAUGGAGCACACGUAACAAUAAUUGCAAGAGACAUCCAAAAGUUAAAAAUUGCAAGAAAUGAAAUCAUUCAUGCAUGCAGAGACAAGGAUGUUCAAAAAGUGGAAUAUCUAUCAUUAGAUAUUGGUGAAGAUUAUAAUGCGGUAGAAAAAGCUUUUAACGAGUUAGAAAGAACUAUGGGUCCGAUAUAUAUGUUGGUUAACUGUGCUGGAACUGCAAUUGGUGGCAAAAUUGAAGAUACCUCGAUAGCAGACUUACAAAAUAUGAUUAAUACUAAUUUCUUAGGAUCAUAUUAUUGUAUAAAAGCUGUUAUCCAAAGAAUGAAAGCUUCUCAAGAAGGAAUCAUUGUAUUAACUUCUUCUCAGGCUGCAUUAUUAGGUAUAUUUGGCUAUUCAGCUUAUUGUAGUACAAAAUUUGCACUUCGUGGUCUGGCAGAAAGUAUAUCUAUGGAAGUUGCACCAUAUAAUAUUUCUGUAACUCUUAGUUUACCUCCAGAUACCGAUACUCCAGGUUUUGCCAUAGAAGAAUUAUCUAAGCCUCUUGAAACAAAGCUUAUAUCUGAAACUAGUUCUCUUGUCAGUCCAAAAGUAGUAGCAAAAGGACUAUUUAAGGAUGCAUUGGCUGGAAAAUUUUUCUCUUCUAUUGGUGUGGAAGGAUUUAUGUUAACUGUUUUAUGUUCCGGAAUGUCGCCAUUUCAUUCGAUUCUAGAUCUACUUCUACAGUCGACGUUGAUGGGUAUUUUUCGGCUUGUAAGUGCCUACUAUCUUGUACAUUUCCAAGAAAUUAUUCGGAACUGUAUGAAGACUCGCAAUAGAAAUAAAAGGUCUGAAUAAAGUUUUUUUUACUAGUUAAUGUAAAAGAAUUUAUAUAAUGAACAAAA